AUGUCGUGGACAAAAGGAACUUGGGACACCGGCGAGCAAAUUCGCAACCACAAGUUGGCCUGCUCGAUUAUCAACUUGCAUGGAACUGAAGAUGCGGUCUUUGAUGACACCAAUCUCCAUCUACUGAAGCGCUUUACGGACGAUCUGUCGCUAGAGAACCGUGAUGGGAUACUUCGAGAACAGGGAUGGGUCGACGACUCUGGUUCGCGACCUGGCGAGCAAGCUGUUCGAAGGAGCGGGAGCUUGUCUGGACUUCUCAUCGCCCGAUACGGAACAGACGAACCUGCUCUGGACGACCGGGAUUGGGAGUUGUUGAAUGAGUGGUUUGGCAAGGGAAUGCCCCAGGGACAGCAUGUUGAGCGAUGA